AUGGAAAACCGUCUGCCAGCUGAAAAUCUCUUCUCCCAAAAACAAUCCUGGCCUAUUCUCAACGGCCUCCUUGCUCAGCAUCAACUAACUCCACCUGUGCCAGCUGACUUCUCACUCACUCAAGGUGUGGCCCCCACCCGAAAACGCCCGACGGAUCAGGUCUUGGGAAAUGACCUUCUCUCUUUGAUCACCGCGAACGGAGCCACAGAGUUCUCUCAAUUGGUUGGCUCACAACCAAUUCCAGAACUCGUCGUUCCGUUCAUUCCACCGGGUGUCCAAACUCAACCGGUCAUCUCGUCCUCGUACCACGACCUUCUCGGCAAAGACGUUCCAAACGUUACUCCAAUCCAACGCGAUGCGCUCAAGAUCAUAUUGCAGAUGAAUGAUUCGUUUGUCUCCAAUGUGGAGAACAAACUCAAAGAAAUCAAUGUCUCUGAAAGUGACUUCGAAGCCUACGUUGACCACGUUACUGGUCAAACUAACCUCCCGUCCUACACAUUUGUGACCUGGAGUGCAACUCAAAAGGAGGUCAUCGAGGCUAUUAGAAUGCAAAUGGUCAAGAAUCGAAACAUUAUCGAGAAGCUUUGUGAGGGAUACGAUAUUCCAAAACAAACACUCAUCGCUUUCAUCAAGGAGCAAUGCGAGUAUAUGGAGCAGGAGAAGAUGCGAGAGAUGCUUCAGGGACAAGUCACUGGAAGUGUCUUACCAAUUGGACAAUGA